CAGGAGAGCAGGGUACGAUCGGAGCUGCACUGAUGUGCAACAACUAAGCCCAAGAGUCAAUCGUCCCCGGUUUUAACAGAAUACCACCUUCUGCAGACAGAUGAGCGUCUGAAAUGCCCUUGCUUGCACUGAUGUAUUCAGUUAAUACAUGCGUAACUUUACUGUGUUCUCUGCGCAUAAUCGAGAUCAUCUGUCCGGAGUCGAUAUCACUGCUCCAGUAACGGAUUGAUCCGAGCUUCUCAUUCACAUUUUACGGCAUGACAUGUAGAUAAUCAUCCGAUACUUUGAUGGGGCUCCUGAGGAUCAUGAUGCCACCCAAGUUCCAGCUGCUGGCUGUUAUGGCGUUUGGAGUGGCGAUGCUGUUUAUUGAGAACCAGAUUCAGAAGCUGGAAGAGUCUCGGGCAAAGCUGGAGCGCACCAUGGCCAGACACGAGGUGCGAGAGGUUGAGCAGAGACAGACACGGGACGGCCUGCGGGACUCUCCGGCAUUGCCUGAGAUUGAGGAUCUGAUUAUCAUCUAUAACCGUGUGCCCAAGACUGCCAGCACCUCCUUCACCAACAUUGCAUAUGACCUGUGCGGAAAGAACCGCUUCCAUGUUCUCCACAUCAACACCACCAAGAAUAAUCCAGUCAUGUCUCUGCAGGACCAGAUGAGGUUUGUAAGGAAUGUGACAUCCUGGCGAGAAAUGAAACCAGGUUUCUACCACGGCCAUGUCGCCUAUCUGGACUUCACAAAGUUUGGAGUCAAGGGAAAGCCGGUAUACAUCAACAUUGUACGGGACCCCAUCGAGAGGUUGGUGUCUUACUACUAUUUUCUCAGAUUUGGAGAUGAUUAUCGGCCAGGUCUCAGACGGAGAAAGCAGGGUGACAAAAAGACCUUUGAUGAGUGCAUGUCAUCAGGAGGUUCUGAUUGUGCUCCUGAGAAGCUUUGGUUACAGAUCCCGUUCUUCUGUGGCCAUUACUCGGAGUGCUGGAAUGUUGGCAGUAGGUGGGCUCUCGAACAGGCCAAGUAUAAUUUGGUGAAUGAGUAUCUGCUCGUGGGAGUGACUGAGGAGCUGGAGGAUUUCAUCAUGAUGCUUGAGGCAGCGCUGCCACGCUUCUUUAGAGGAGCGACUGAGCUCUACCGCACAGGCAAGAAGUCUCACCUGAGGUUUCAGUUUGUGCGCGCUCACAGCGUCAGGGAAAAAGACGGAGAGCUUUACCUGCUGGCUCAGAACUUCUUUUACGAGAAAAUCUAUCCAAAAGUAAACUAGAGUUGACAUUAGCAUGGUACAAGUGUCGUUUGGCCUGUUCAUGUACUGUUCUGUCACAUUCACUGGGAAGAGAAGAAAAGGACUUCUACAAUGUGGACACAGAUACCUGGAAGUCCUAGACUAGAGGGGCUGAAGUUUUUAUAGUUGAGAGACUUCACACAGUCCUGACAGUGACGCUCGGUAUCUAGCCACUUUGGGCCCAGUAUCUUUUUAUGGACUUUUACAGCAGUGAAAACACUUGUGACAUCACCAUCAAAUUGUCACAUAAUUCAUCAUGCCUUGCAAAAGAAAAUGACAGAACCUCUUUGGCCAUCAGUCACUGUUGUAAAAAAAAAAAAAAUCAAUUUUGAACAGGGUCAAAAGGGUACUGCUUUUUGUACCUGAUGUUUGGUACAUUAGAGCACCUCCUUAUUUUACUACUAACUGUGGUCUUGUGAAUUCUUAACACUUUCUUGCGUUGUGUAUAUUCAUUUUUAAUAGAAUGACAUGAACAGUGUUUACAGACUUUAGUAAAGGUAUUGUAGCCAGAGUUUAGAAUGCGGUCAAACAGAUUUCAUAUCUGUACAAAUUGUAUUUACAUGUAUAUUUUAUGUAAUUGGACCAAAUGGUUGUAAGAAAUUCAAAGUUGUAGUUUAAAACUAGUUAUUUUGAAAAUAGACAUCUUUUUGGGGACCCCACUGGUGCUUGCUUUUUUUUCUUUUCUAUUUUUCGCUCUUUUUUUUAUCAUUGCAUCUCCUGAAGACUCUAAAACUAAUGAAACCGAACAGUUGAAUGAAUCUGAAUAAUGAAACAGAAACUGACCUCUAAGACGAUCUUUCAUUGUUCCAUUAUAGAGACUGUUUUGGACCGGUUAAAGACCGUUAGAUCUGGCCUCUGUGUUCCUGUUUCUACCUGCUUCUGUGCGAAGCCUUAUUUGUCCAGAACAGGUUCCUUGAAUGAUAACUGCAAGUAUCGUCUUGUAUCUUGUAGGGCGGUAUUGGUUUAAGGUAACUUGGUCUCAACAGACUACUGCCCUCUCAGAAGUCGUAAUAUUGCAUUUUACCAGAAGAUCAAAAAAGAAAGAAAGAUGCUCAAACCAACAUUAGUUGUACACUCAAUAGUGCCUUCAUGAAUCAUUCAUUCCACCCUGGUUUCAGCAGUUGUUCAGGUCAUUUAAACAAUGUCUGUGUAUUAAAAUGUUUUUAAAACUGCCAGCUUUCCUUUUAUAUUUGCU